ACCUGCCCAAAGCGAAGGCAGCCGUGCCCGCUCUGCAUGGCAACAGUAAUGCGGCAACAAAGCAAUAUGCCUGGCUUCUACACCCCCCCCCCGCCCAACAGUCGCCUAGGCUCUAGGUUAGACGUGUUUGCACCAGCGCCUCGAUUUCCAGUUGCGACUGAAACCACGGCGCGGCAGGUGAUAGACCUACAUGCUCACGGGACGCGGAAGCGAUGCCGACAGAGCAACGCUGACUACACGCUUGCGACCUCGCACUCUCAGGCUACAGAUGUGUGGGCAGACAGCUCCCUCUCUCUCUCACGCUUCUCCAACACCAGGAGUCCGCCGCCGCUUGCGAACGAUAGAUAUGAGCUUGCUGGCGGUAUGGAAGGCCCGGAUAUGUUCGCACAGCACCCCGGCGACUACGACGACUACUUCCAGCUGGAGAAGCAGCGUGAAAUGUGGUCUACGCCCACGAGUCCUCCAUCUGAACUUGUCCGGCAGCAACUCGCCGCAGUUGAUUCCUUCCAGUCUUCCCCGAACGGCACCAAACCGUGGGUCCUGAAUCAGAUCCUGAACAUCGUAGGGGGCGUUGCGGGAAAGCUGGUGCAGUUCUGCUCCGUACCAUUUCGAGGGUUUCAAGCUGGAGGAGGCCAAGCAUACGUAUUGAAUUUACAAGGACCGCUCGCAGAGAUGGGCGCUCGAGAUCCGUUCAUCAACAGCAUAACUGGUCCUGUGCACACCCCGCUACCCGGACAGUACCCGGAAGACACCUACGGCGUCGUCUCAAUAGAAUCCCUCGAGAAUGAGCGACCAAGGAUGUCCAAGCGAUUGCGCACGGGCGAGAAGUGGGUCGUGGUCGAUAAGGAUGGAGAGAUGGACUCAAGACCGGGGACUCCACGCCUAUCUGAGAGACGAGUACCAAUACACACGAGAUCCCCGUCACAAAUCCCACGGCCGAUGUCCAAGACCGCAGUGUUACAUACAACUCCCAAACGCCCAUCAUUAGUCCCUGUCUCCCGGCGCUCGACUAUGGACAGGAGAUCACUCCAGGGAGCUUCUAAAAUGCCAUCCAAGGUAUACACCACACCACGAUCCUACAGCCGACAGGGCUAUGGGUCGCCCGUCAUGUUCCAGGUAGACGAUCAAGUCAAAGGGAGCCCGCUUCCAAAAGAGAGCCAGCGACUGAUCAACAAGGUGCGGCGAGAGGAGAUGGAGGACGAUGCUCGCAUGCAUAGAAUGGGUUCUCAGAUGACCCUCAUGCUAAAGGAGGCCCGAGAAGCACUUGGCAGCAAGUUUGCUGUUGAGGACGUCGACAUGGUGCAGGGGGAGAUGGAUGAUGAGGGAUUUUCCGAGGAAUCAUCGUGGUACAAGAAGUGAAGAAGUACGUUCCAAGGUUUAGGAGAGAUCGCAUGUGCCGUUGUCAAACCAUGAAGGACUAUAUCUGCACUCCAUUUUAACGCACUAAUCUAAGCCUCCCACAGUUUCCCGUGGGUCUAUCUUUCGUGUCCAUUUGUACUUCAUUUUUGUGGUCUUCGUCAUGAUGCCACCAUUGCUCCAGCCGGCGUCAGGCGUCUCUCAGUGGGCGGAAUACCCUCUUGGCUUCUAGCAGGACAGUCUACAGGUUCCCCAGCCCACGCUAGGUACAUAAGGUAGUUCAGACGUUGCACAUCCUGGGAAGGGUGCCAGAAAU